CAACGUGAGAACAAAUCCCAGUUCCUGAACUGACAAAAUAUUGUUAAGAAAAUAAAAGCUGUACUAUUUUGCUUACUUCCUCUUUCUUGCUGUUGGUUUUGUGUAAAUGUUUCUGUUUUGUUUUCACCCUCGCUAGCAAGCUGCAAGUUUUGGAUAGCUAAAAGCAGAAGAAGGAAGUGUCUUACUGAAUUAACUGAAAGGAACAAGAACUGAGGAAGUCCGAAGACCUCACACUUGAUUGAGUUAGUUUCAGAGAUGAGACAAAUUGGCAGCUUCAACAACAUGUCAGACUCAGACAACGACACUGUUGAUGACUUCAAGUAUGCUGUUUAUCCCACAAUAUAUCUCACAAUAUUUGCCUUGGGUGCCUUUGGAAAUGGCCUUUCCGUAUAUGUUUUCCUGAAGCUUUACAGGAAAAAGAUUUCAGUGAAUGUUUUCAUGCUGAACUUGGCUAUUUCAGACCUCCUGUUUGUUUGGACUUUACCCUUCCGGGCCACCUACUACCUGAUGAACUCUGUUUGGGUAUUUGGGAAUAUAUUUUGCAGGAUUGUGUCUUAUAGCUUGUAUGUCAAUAUGUACUGCAGCAUUUAUUUUCUAACUGCGCUGAGCAUUGUUCGUUUUGUGGCUAUUGUUCAUCCUUUCAAACAUUUGAAACUAACCACCGUCAAGUAUCCUAGAAUCAUAUGUGCGGUGAUAUGGGGUUUUGUGAUGACAGCUAGCAGUGUGCUGCUGUUCAGUGGAAACACCAGCAAGAAGUACCCAGAAAAGUGCCUAGAUCUCCAAAGAGAAAGCAUACAGAAAGUGCUCACGUUGAACUAUGUUGUCCUGGCAGUGGGCUUCAUCCUUCCAUUUUGCACAAUAAUUUGCUGCUAUGUGCUUGUGAUCAAAACUUUGCUUAAGCCCAGGGCUCCAGAAGCAAAGAUAAGAGCCUCUCAUAAGAAGGCAGUGUCAACGACCAUCAUCACUUUAUUCAUGUUUCUGAUUUGUUUCCUGCCAUAUCACAUACUAAGAACUGUCUACUUGGUUAAAAGCGAUGAGGACAACUUGAGCAAGUUGCUGACUAAAGGAGCAGUCAUCGCUCAUUGCCUCGCUGCAGUGAAUAGUUGCCUAGAUCCUGUACUCUAUUACUUUGCUGGAGAAAACUUCAAAGAGAGACUCAAAAGUAUAUAUAAAAGGUAGCGGAUGAAGAAUCAAAUGGACAUUCCUUAUUGGGAGUAUUUUCUCGUGAUCAAACCCCAGGACUGGAGGUGGAAAGAUCAUGGGUCUUUUAAUCUAUGCCACUGACUUGCCAUGUGACCUGGGGUGAAUCACGUAACUCUGUGCCUCUAUUUCCCAAUCUGUAAAGUGGGGCUAUUCAGAGUGGAUAGUAUCUCAGAACACUUUGUGAAUUUUCUUCACAAACGGUUGUAAAGGGGUCCAAGAUCCCACCCUGAGAUCCUGCCUAUUUCUCUUCCACCUAGUAAAAACCAGCUAAACAGAGGCUUUUGUCCUUAAAGAGCCCUCUACUCCAGAGGACUUCAUUUAUUGGUAACACAAACUGACAAAAUAAACCUUUAAUUUUGGGAAACAGCCUGGGUCUCUAGUUUUGUCAUCUCCAAACUCCUGCUUUUCUCUCCCCAAAAGCACCCACAAGCCCCUUGCAUUCUGGAUCCACCUGUCCCUCAAAACUGGGAUUUCUGGUCUCUCCCUCAGAGUUGCCUCUCCAUUGGCUACUCCAACUCCCAGCGCAGAGUCUGAAUGCUUUUCAAUACCCUGCUCCCUCCCUAGGCAUUACCUUUAAUUUCAGGCCUCUUUUCUUUAGUAACACCUCUUUUUUUUUUCCCUCUCUUUCUCAUCCAGGGAGCAUCCUUAGACUGCUCAGACAUCCUUUUUAUUGGGAUCAGGUGCUGCAUCACUAACUGGCCAAUAAGCCACCACCAGGAAUACCUAAUUGCUCUCAGGUGGGGUUUAGGGGGCCAUGGUAGGUCGGUUAAGCCUUGAUUCACUUUGAAGGGCUACUUGCCUCAGGAUAAAAGGGUGUGGAGAAACUUGGAUGGAUGAUAUUAUAGAAAUACAAAGUAUUUUUCAAUAACUACCACUGAGGUAGCUUAUCAAAAAAAUACAGUGGCUUUAAAAUAUAUACCCAUAUAAACAUUUCUGAAUCUUCCUUUAUUCCAGACACACUUUCUAAGAUUUUCUCUAAGAAACAUACUCUUAAAGAGUACCACAACAAACCAUUUCUUUGCGACAUUAUAUAAAGUAACGUGACUACUAAAACAUAAGAGCAAUAUUCACACAGACACACACGGUGUUUUGUGAUUCUUGUUUACACAUGUCACCAUUUUAGGUGACCCCUGCAAUGUUUUUAUGCUUCCCUUUGCUGGAAGUUAGCUGAAGAAUUGGCCAGUUUGUGGAAGUUGCUUACCUAAAGAUAGGCAGCUGAAUCGAUAUUUAGGAGUCCAGGGCCAGACUUUUAAACUUAUUUAAGCACAGAUAAGUGCCUAAUGGGAUUUUCAAAAGCACCCACAUGCCUAACUCUCACUUUUGAAAAUCCACUAGACAUCUAUUUGCAUCCUUAGGUACCUAAAUACCUUUAAAACGUUGGUUUUUACAUAUGAAAAAUUAGGCCUCUUAGAGAGGUUUCAAGUAGUUAUAGUGGCCAAAUAGAAAGACUUGACCACAUGAAAAACAAUAAUAGAUUCUGCUCCUUUUUGAGCAAAUAUCAGGAAUUUUCUGGGUUGAAAUUUGCCACAUUUGUCAUGAAAAUAGCCUGUCAUGUUUGAGACAAGAUUGAAGAAAGUUUUUCCCCCUCUCCUCCAAAUCCACCCAAAAUACAUAAUUUCUGGCAGUGUGAAUGUUUUCCCCAUGUUUUCUCUCCAUCCACCCCCCCCCCCCCACUCUCCUGCUGGUAAUAGCUCAUCUUAAGUGAUCACUCUUCUUACAGUGUAUAUUUUUUCAUGGUCUGUGUGUAUAUAAAAUCUCCUCACUGUACUUUCUGCUUUAUGCAUCUGAUGAA